AUGGCCUCUGAUCUGGCUAUGAGCGCAGAGUUGCCCAACAGCCCGCUCGCCAUCGAGUAUGUCAACGACUUCGAUUUGAUGAAAUUCGAGGUGAAGAAGGAGCCCCCAGAAGCCGAGAGAUUCUGCCACCGCCUGCCCCCCGGUUCCUUGUCUUCCACGCCUAUCAGCACCCCUUGCUCUUCCGUGCCUUCCUCCCCCAGCUUCUGUGCCCCCAGCCCUGGGGCGCAAUCCGGCGUCAACCCCAGCAACCCCAACGCCGCCAACAAGCCCCAACUGGAGGAUCUGUACUGGAUGUCUAACUACCAGCACCACAUCAACCCCGAAGCCCUCAACCUCACCCCGGAAGAUGCCGUGGAGGCUUUGAUUGGGAACCCCCACCACCACCAUCACCACCACCAGGGCUAUGACGGCUUCAGGGGGCAGCAGUACCCGGGGGAUGAGAUGGCGCCGUCGGGGCACCACCACCAGGUCCACCAUCACCACCACCAUCACAACCAUCACCUCAGGUUGGAAGAUCGCUUCUCCGACGAGCAGCUGGUCAGCAUGUCUGUGCGGGAGCUCAACCGCCAGCUGAGGGGCUUCAGCAAAGAGGAGGUAAUACGCCUGAAGCAGAAGAGACGGACCUUGAAGAACAGGGGCUAUGCCCAGUCGUGCCGGUACAAACGGGUCCAGCAGCGGCACAUCCUGGAGACGGAGAAGUGUCAGCUCCAGAGCCAAGUGGAGCAGCUGAAGCAAGAGGUGUCCCGUCUGGCCAAGGAGCGGGAUCUGUACAAAGACAAGUAUGAGAAACUGGCCAGCAGGAGUUUUACCACCAGGGAGUCGCCCCCCCAGGCCAAUCCUGGCAAAGCCAAUGCCGACUUCUUCAUGUGA